AGAGAGAGAGCAGAGACGUCAGCAUACUGCCACAGAUCCAGCAGCACUGCAGAUCUCUGUGUGUGCUGCUAUUCUUCCUAUGAGGGUGAAAGACAGGAGGAGGAGUGGGAGUGAGUGAGUGAGAGAAGCGUCUGGCAGCCAUCCCAGUCAAACAGUAAUGCAGAGUAAAGGGGAGAUAGCAGUCUUUUCACUGAGCCUCAGCACAGGAUACAGCACUGCGGCCCGGGAGCCCUCCCUUUGUGAGCCACUGGUCGUGUGAUCUCACCGCUGAGAGGAGGGGCCCCCUUUCCCCUGUCUGGCCAAUCCUUGAGCUCGGUGACUAGGUCACGUGAGAAUCCCUCUUUCGGGUUGCCAUGACAAUGUGCACUGGUCCAGACAGCAUCUUACUGUGGUGAGAAGGGAAGAGAAGAGGAGGGAGGAUAGACAGAGGGCGGGAGAGCAAGAGAACAAACCCCAGACACCUAUGCUGCGCACCUUUCCUCUAAUGAGGAUGCCUGAGACGGGGAGAUAAAGACUUCACCGGAGCAGAGUGUGUGCUAGAGCCAGGGGCUGGGGCCUGACCAGAGACCCCCAGAGGCCCCCAACUGGGGGGGAGGUCCAUGGGGACCAUGGGGGACCUGGGAGGCUUCACCACCACAGGGGAGAGGGUGAACCCGGCCCACAUCCUGUUUGACCGCUUCGUCCAGGCCUCCACUUGCAAGGUCACACUCAAGGCCUUCCAGGAGCUCUGUGACCAUCUGGAGCUCAAGCCCUGUGAGUACCGGGUCUUCUACCACAAGCUUAAGUCCCGUCUCAACUACUGGAAGGCCAAGGCACUCUGGGCUAAGCUUGACAAGCGGGCCGGCCAGAAGGAGUACAAGAAAGGACGUGCAUGUACCAACUCUAAGUGUUUGAUCAUCGGGGCAGGACCAUGUGGCCUGCGGACGGCCAUUGAGCUGGGCUUCCUGGGCGCCAAGGUGGUGCUGCUGGAGAAGAGGGAUGCCUUCUCCAGGAACAAUGUGCUGCACCUGUGGCCCUUCACCAUCCAGGACCUCCGGGGACUCGGGGCCAAAAAGUUCUAUGGAAAGUUCUGCGCCGGAGCCAUCGACCAUAUCAGUAUCCGGCAGCUCCAGCUGAUGCUGCUGAAGGUGGCCCUGCUCCUGGGCAUCGAGAUCCACGUCAACGCGGAGUUCAAGGGUCUCAUCGAGCCCCCCGAGGACCAGGAGAACGAGAGGAUAGGGUGGAGGGCUGAGGUCCUCCCCAGGACACACCCAGUCAACGAGUUGGAGUUUGAUGUCAUCAUUGGGGCAGAUGGGAGGAGAAACACGUUGGCAGGGUUCAGGAGGAAGGAGUUCCGGGGCAAGCUGGCCAUCGCCAUUACAGCCAACUUCAUCAACAGGAACACCACAGCCGAGGCCAAGGUGGAGGAGAUCAGCGGAGUGGCCUUCAUCUUCAAUCAGAAGUUCUUCCAGGACCUCCGGGAAGCCACGGGAAUUGACCUGGAAAACAUUGUCUACUACAAGGAUGACACGCACUACUUUGUCAUGACCGCCAAGAAACAGAGUCUGCUGGAGAAGGGAGUCAUUCUGCAUGAUUACGCGGACACAGAGAUGCUGCUUUCCAGGGCUAACGUGGACCAGGCAGCUCUGCUAUCUUACGCCCGUGAGGCCGCAGACUUCUCCACCAACCACCAGCUGCCCACGCUGGACUUUGCCAUCAACCACUACGGCCAGCCCGACGUGGCCAUGUUCGACUUCACCUGCAUGUACGCCUCCGAGAACGCGGCGCUGGUACGCCAACGCAACGGGCGCCAGCUACUGGUGUCUCUGGUGGGGGACAGUCUACUGGAGCCCUUCUGGCCCAUGGGCACUGGUAUAGCUCGGGGUUUCCUGGCAGCCAUGGACUCCGGCUGGAUGGUGAAGAGCUGGGCCCAGGGAAACACAUCUCUGGACGUGCUGGCUGAGAGGGAGAGCAUAUAUCGCUUGCUGCCUCAGACAACGCCAGAGAACAUCAAUAAGAAUUUCAGUCACUACAGUGUGGACCCCACCACGCGCUACCCUAAUAUUAGCCUCCACUUCCUCAGGCCCAACCAGGUACGACACCUCAUAGACACAGGGGAUUCAAGUAGGGAAAUGCUUAUCGAAAUGGAGAAUGUAGUCAACUCGUCAACACCCAAGCUCACCCGAAAUGAAUCCAUAGCUCGCUCCAGCAAGCUGCUAAGCUGGUGUCAGAGGCAGACUGAGGGCUACAGAAAAGUCAGUGUGACUGAUCUCACCAUGUCCUGGAAGAGUGGCAUGGCCCUGUGUGCCCUCAUCCACCGCUACAGACCUGACCUCAUUGACUUUGACUCCCUGGAUGAGCGGGACCAGCAGAAGAACAAUCAGCUGGGCUUUGACGUGGCCGAGAGGGAGUUUGGCAUCUCACCUUGCAUGACUGGCAAGGAGAUGUCCCAGGUGGCGGAGCCUGACAAGCUCUCCAUGGUCAUGUACCUCAGCCAGUUCUACGAGAUGUUCAAGGACACAGUGCCCCCUGGGGCCGGAGGGGACCAGAACAUGAGCCCUGAGGAGAAGGCUGCGUUGAUCAACAGUACAAAGUCCCCCAUCUCCUUCCUCAGCAAGCUGGGCCAGAGCAUCGCUAUCUCACGGAAGCGUAACCCCAAGGACAAAAAGGAGAAGGAGGUGGAUGGUGUGGGGAAGAGGAGGAAGACCAGCCAGGCUGACCACUCUGAAGACGAAGAGGUUUUGAGGGGUAACCGUGACGACAGGCCAUCUAACAGUACUGCUCUGACAGAAAGGAAGAUGAAGGAAGAGUCAGCAGCUCUAGGGAACCACAACAAAGUCAAGUCCAUGGCCACCCAGCUUCUCGCCAAGUUUGAGGAGAACGCCCCCGCCGAAUCCAAGGGCCUCAAAAGACAGGGGGAUUCUCUGCCCAGUUUGGGUGUCGUCCUGGCGCUGCCCCCUCCCCCUGCCUCCCUGGGCCCCCCCAGGGAGCCUGUCCGCCUAGCUCCGGUCCCUGCAUGGAGACAGAAACGCACCCAGCAGCAGGAGCAGCUCAGCUUCUGCUAUAAGGAGACGGUCAAGUGUCAGAUCCUACCUAUCAGAGGGGAGCAGCCAAGAAGCGGUACAGAGUGGUGUUCGGGCUCACGGAGCUGCCCUAAGAAAACCAUUCUGCUUUCCUCCACCUCCUCGCUCUCUCUUCACUCACAGCACUGUGAUAGAGAAGGUUUGGAGGAGGAAGGGACCACACAGGUCCAGACACCUCAAGCUCACCGGAAAUUGGAAUCCGUGCAGCUUGAGGAACCAGAGCCUAUUCACAUCCCUAGCAUCCAGGAGAGGUCUGCGUGGCUAGUCGCUAAGUUUAAGGGUAAACCUGAGAAACUAAAGCUUAAGAAAAAGCCCUCGUGUUUCUUAGUAGAACAGUGGCACCUGUCAGCCAGAACCCUCAGCCAGAACACACAAAGCCUCUUCUCCCCCCCUGAAGCUCUUGGACAGGAGAUGGAACCGCUGCGCUCUGAUGACCAACUGUCACGACGUGCCUUUAGUGUACAGGAGAGGGCUGAGCAGCGAGCCUCGCAGUUUCAAGGCAAGCUGGCAAAUCCACAGGGGAACCUGUCCCACAGCCAGAACCCAGAGAGCCCCCUCUCCUCCCCUGAAACUCUGAGACCGAGCUAUUUAAAGAUGUACACAGGGGAAGUGAGCUUAUUGGCUGAGCAGAUAGCCAAUCAGCUUCAGCCUCAAGAGGAACCUAAGCCCUUACUUGACAAAAGGGAGUUGAGUUCCCUGAGGAAGGAGUUCCCCCAGAACAUCGGGGGCAGUGACGUGUGCUUCUUCUGCCGGAAGCGUGUGUACGUGAUGGAGCGGCUGAGUGCCGAGGGCAAGUUCUUCCACCGCAGCUGCUUCAAGUGUGACUACUGCGGCACCACACUACGACUUUCGUCCUACGCCUUCGAUGUGGAGGACGGGAAGUUUUACUGCAAGCCCCACUACUGUUACCGUUCGUCUGGUCAGGCUCAGAGGAAGAGGCCAGCACCGACCCCUGCUCUGCUCAAUGCUAAGGACAACCAGGCUUCCUUGCCCGCGGCGGUCACUGUGGACUCCCCUGGGAGGGGGGCGAUGGCAUCCCCUUCCCCCACCGAGCGCCGGUCCUCAGUCCCGGAGGUGAACGGGCUGCAGGAGCCCAGCCUGGCUAAGCGUCUGCGGGGCACGCCGGAGCGCAUCGAGCUGGAGAACUACCGUCUGUCUCUGCAGCGGGAGGAGGACCUAGAGGAGGUGCCAGAGGAGACGCUGGCCGAACACAACCUAAGCAGUGUGUUGGACAAGGACGCGCACGCAGACCUGGGCUCCAGCAGCUCAGAGUCUGACAUGGAGGAGGAGGACCAGGAUGAAGAGGAGCAACAUGAGGAGGAGCAGCAGGAGCCCCCCAGCCCCUCAGACCUGGGAGGAGUACCCUGGAAGGAGGCAGUGGAGCUCCAUGCCAAGCUGAAGACUGACAGCGACCCAGGGGCUGAGGGAGAGGACGGUGAGGGAGAGGACGGUGAGGGAGAGGACGGUGAGGGAGAGGACGAGACACAUGGUCACAUCGCUAGGGAUCUAGAAGUGGAGGAGGAGGAAGAUGACGAAGAAGAGGAGGACGAUGAUGCGGAAUCGACUGAUGAGGGGGAGUACUGCCCGUGGGAGCAGGAGCUCCAGUCAGGCAUAUGGCUGGAGAAUCUCCAAGACGAAGAGGAUACCUGUAGAUUUAAAGCCAGAAACCUGCAGAUCCAGCAGGUGCUGCAGCCUGUGGAUCCGACGGGCAUUAAGAAUCUCAGAAGAGUCUCCACACUGUCAGAGGGGGACAAGGAGGAGCCUCCUGCCUCAGCCUCCCAGCCAUCCACCACACUCACCCAGUCCCCCUUCACAGCCCCCGCCCACACAUCCACUCGUCAUGAGGCUGUGCGAGUCUGGUUGGAGUCGGUGUCCGGAGAGCCCUGUGAGGAUGAUGACCCGGAAGCAGAAGUGGGUAGCCAUGAUUUUGAGCCAGGCACCGAGAUGGACCAGGAGGACAUUCCCUCUGACGCGGAGGCGGAGGCUCGUCUGCACCAGUCAGAGCUCAGUGAUGCGCUUCCUGAAGAGGACAAGAAGUCGCAGAGUCAGGGGAUCACCUAUAGCAUUGAACAACCUAGUGUCAGUCCGGUGAAGUUAGUUGCGGAAGUUGUGCUCUCGCCAGUCAAACCACCGACUCCACAGCCUGAUUUACAGAUGUCUCACACGUCUCCUUCCUACCUGGUCAAAUCACCCGGAAUGCGCUUUUUCCCAGAUCCCUUGGCAUCGGAGAAUGUCACAAUACCCCAGAGGACAGUUCAGACUCCCAAUGCCAAGAGCCCCCAAUACGCUACCCAUGCCCUGUCCCCCAUUCACUCCCCUGUUCAAUCCCCUAUUCGCUCCCAGCCUAUCCCACUGCCUGAGACGGUCACCCUAAAAUCCCCUGUCAACUCUCCACCCUGCUCCUGCCCCCCGACAGGGAACCCGCUGUCUCCCAUCUGUGCCCAGCCGCUGCCCUGCCACGAGCCCUCCUCACCCCUCACCUCGGACUCCCCUGUCAGAACUCAGCCUGUCCCUGCCAUCACCUCCACUCCACUAGCCAAACCAGCCUCCUCUGACAGGACUACCCCCGAGCCUCAAAAAUCUCUGGACCUCACAGACGAAACCCCGGUGAAGAAGACUGACAUCAUUGAGGAGUUCUGGCUGAAGAGUGCCGAGAUCAGGAAGAGCCUGGGUCUCACCCCACUGGACCGUAGCAGCAGCAGCAAAGCCCCAGAGAAGUGUCAUGUUACUGUGGGUAAGGUGCCCACUCCGGACUCCCCCUCGACCAAGUCCUAUACCCCAGAGGAUCUCUCAGAGGAGCUUAGGCCUUCCCCUUCUCCCUUCACCGGUCGCUCGGUCAUUCGCAGGCUGAACAUUACGGUGGAGGGCCAGGUCAUCUCCCCUGCGGAGCCCAAGAGCAUUGGCUCAGAACGGAGGGACCUCAGCAGCAGCUCCGGCCUAGGCCUCAACGGCAGCAUGGCCACCAACCAGACCAGCCAGGCGGCCAGUGACAGCUACCACACUUCCGACUCCACCAUGCUCACCCCACCAUCCAGCCCCCCGCCGCCCCCGCCCAACGAGGAGCCAGCUACUCUCAAGCAGCAGCAGAAGCACCAGGUGUCCUGGGACAAUGGGAUCGAUGGCCCCACUACACCUGAGCCAGCCAAGAAGCCAACCAAGGUGGCACCCACCAAGACCAACAGCCCUGUGCCUUCACCAAGGACCCAACUCAGCCCUGUGUCUAUGCCAGUAUCUGCGCCCAAGCCUGCCCCCAGGACUACACCGGUCACCUCGCCAGUCACCUCGCCGGUCACAGCUCCGGUCACUCCGUUGGUGGUCAUGAGACGGGAGAAGAGCAGCAAAACACGUCGGGAGGAGGUGAGGAAGUCAUUCGUGGAGUGUGUGGCGGAGAUCCCGUUUGCGGACGAUGUGGAGGACACGUACGACGAGCGGACGCCGGACACAACCAUGGACAGGUUCUACACUCCGCCCAGCAGCAAGCCCAACAGGGAGAGGGAGAAGCGUCCCCUGCACCUGGCCCUGGCCAUGGAAAACGGAAAGCCCAUUUUUCCUGUGAACCAGCAGGCCUCGAAGAGCCAGAAGGCCCAGCAGUUCUCCCCUGAGGCCAAGGAAAUAGCAGAGGAACGGAUGAGAGCCAGAGAGAAGUCCAUCAAGAGCCAAGCUCUGAAGGAAGCCAUGGCCAAGCAGCUCAACAAGAUGAAAGAGACGGACACUGCCAAGGGCGCCGCCGCCACGGCUAAAGUGGUGUGGAACGUGGCCUCAUCAGAGACUUUCGGGAAAAGUACUAAGAAGUCAUCCGGUUCUCCAAAGACGUAUGCAGUGAAAUCUCUUGAGUCAAAGAAGGCUGAGACUCUAUCAGAGCGUUUCUUUAGCAGUCAGGGUAACAAGAGUCUGGACAGCUCGACCGUCUCCUCCGACGGCUCCGCCUCGGGGGGCAAGAGCAAGAAGCGCGGCUCGCUUUUCUCACCUCGCAAGAACAAGAAGGAGAAGAAAGCCAAGAAUGAAAGCCAGCUCUCGGUCAAGCACGGCACAGACGAGACGCCGUCGCCGCCCAAACACAAGUCCCUGUGGAAGGCUGUGUUCUCGGGGUACAAGAAAGACAAGAAGAAGAAUAAGGAGGACAAGUCAUGUCCCAGCACGCCAUCCAGCUCCAACACCAACGACUCAGGGAAGAAGCGAUUGUCGCCUCUCGGCAGGUCGUCAGAUUUGAAGUCGCGCAGAAACCUGAGCUUCUCUGAGGACUCGGAUCUGUCAUGUGAUGAUGUGCUGGAAAGGUCUUCUCAGAGGUCUAGGACAGACUCUGUUUAUGUCCCUCACGCAUUGGCGUUCAAGAGAGCGUACGCCACCAAGAAAACCUACACAGAGGAGGAGCUCAAUGCCAAGCUGACACGUAGGGUACAGAAAGCUGCCCGGCGACAGGCCAAGCAGGAGGAGCUGAAGAGACUGCACAGAGCCCAGACCAUCCAGAGGCAGCUGGAGCAGGUGGAGGAGAAACAGAGACAGCUGGAGGAGAGGGGUGUGGCUGUGGAGAAAGCCCUGCGAGGGGAAGCAGGAUUGUAUAAAGGGACUUAUUGUACUAUACCAAAACAACACAAAAGACGAUCAGACUAUUGGGGAGAGUCUAAUUACAGUGAAAUCCUGGACUUGCAUCUGGGCGGGAUGGGGAAAAAGGACGACCCCAAGCUCAUGCAGGAGUGGUUCAAACUGGUCCAGGAGAAAAACGCCCUGGUGCGAUACGAAUCUGAGCUGAUGAUAUUUGCACGAGAACUGGAGCUGGAGGAUCGUCAGAGUCGACUGCAGCAGGACCUGAGGGAGCGCAUGGCAAUUGAAGACCACCUGAAGACGGAGGUGGAGCUGGCGCAGGAGAAGCACAUCCUGAAUGAGAUGCUGGAGGUGGUGGAGCAGAGAGACUCCCUGGUAGCCCUCCUGGAGGAGCAGAGGCUCAGGGAGAAGGAGGAGGAUAAGGACCUGGAGUCUGUCAUGCUCUCGAAGGGUUUCAACCUCAACUGGGCCUGACACUAGACGCACCAUCCACCCCCACUCAGAUAAUACACUACCCCUCCCCUGUGUCCGGGCUCAGUGAAGACCUAAAUCACGGUUCCAUGCGUACAGAACGGAGUUGUCCUUUCACGGCCCUUCUGUUGGCGAAUGUGCGCAGAGUUGUCCUAUCAUGGCUCCUCUGUUGGAGCAGUCUAAAAUGUUUACAUAUCUACUCUGCCACCAGGCAGGCAUCAUUACCUAGUGAUAUCUCACCUCACGGUGGGAGGAGCAACUACAGCCUGGACUUUCUCAAAACCUCAGAAGGUCUUUCGACGUGAUUCUCCAGAACGGGGGAACUUACCUCCUCUAGGAAGAAUGUUUUUAUUUUUUAUUUCUUUUAAUCUCGAUCACACAAAGGGAAGAAAGAGGUUUGGUCCUGCUGAUGUAAAGGAAUUCAAUAUAUGAUACCAGUUUCUGUGUAUUGAAUGUGCAUAACACAACACAUUAAAGAAGCUGUGGUUGUAGAUGAGGGUAGGCCCUUUAUCUAUCGAUUGUUAGAGUUUCUGUAGAAAGGGGAGGAGUGGACCGAAGCCUCUGGUCUCUCUCAUCCUAACCUCAUGACAUCCUCUGCCAUUGUGAAUGCUGACUGAGGGAGGGACAUCCUCUGCAUAAGCUGGCUUUCUCUCCAAUUACACAGUGGCUUCCAUGUUCUGAGGAGCCAAUGAGGAUCACACUCUAAAAGGCCCGUAAUUGUUUUGCACAGAGAUUCACACUAAGAGUCAACGCUAAGGAUCAUUGGAAUCUGGUCACUUAGUCGUUUUCAAUUGUGUAUUUAUUAGCAUUGUUUUUACAAAGAACCUGAAUUAACUGUUUUUGGCAUUUUCGUUCAUGGAAGAGAGUGCCUGAACUGGUGGCUCAACAGAAUGCACUUGUGCUCUCUUUAUGACAUUGACAGCAAGGAAACUAAUGGAAAACUCCAUCACCCAGAAGCCAGUGCGUGUCAGGACUGUAUGCUGCUGCAGACUCAUAUAGAAGCAUAUCAUGUGUUAAAGUGCACGUUUUGUCAUUGCAGCCGACUUUAAAGGCGAGUCGGGACUGACUGAUCUACAAAUCAACUUGCAUCAUAAAUAACUACUCAAUAUUAUUUGUAGCUCAGUCAGUCACUAUUUACCCAUGAUACAUCACGGUUUUGAUGCUCUAACCUGUAGCAUAGAUUAAUUGACACAUGCACACUUCAGCAAGCAACCCACUUGACACAUCUCUUAGGCUCCUAGUUCUGAGUGAUAAUGUGUCCUUCUCCAUACGAUGCCUUUCCCUGUAUAUCACAUAAAAAUGUCAGUUUAUAUAAUCAGUUGCCCUUAUUCAAUACUAAUUGGCAUAUACUGUACCGUGAAAUAUCCUCAGUGUAGAUGAAAUGUUAAAAAGAGAAAGACAUAGCAGUCGAGUUAGUUUGAUCUCAGAAGAGGCCUUGUCUUAUUGGACUUACACAGUAUAUCAGUGCAUCGUGUUAUCAUCAUAAUACCAGAAGUGAACUGACACGUCACUAACUGGUGUCACAGUACAGUUGUGUCAGUGAAUAUUUUGCAAUAUCAAAGGGGAUAAACCACAGAACUCAAACACAGCCUCUGGCUUCGCUAUCCCUGGGGCUGAGGUAUAUGACCUGCUUUGGAGCAAAAUGCCUUUUUCAUUUGUUUUAAUAUUUUACAGUUUUCUUUUGAGUUUCAAACUUGUAUGUAUCCCACCAGGGUACAUUUAACUUUUUUGUUAAUCCUUUUUAUACAACUACAGUUCGCCAAACAGCAGUCAUGAGUAGAAGUGGAGACACGAGGCUGCUCUACUGCUCGAAGUAAACCGCUUCUAUUCAGUCACAGGAGCAUGUACAUUUGUUUGUCAUACGAACCUACUGGCCUUUCUGCCAAACUGUAAACCUUUGGUUGGUCACCGUUUUUGUUGUUGUUGCUGUAUAGAGUUACACACCGUGAGAAUAUGUGUAAGAAUUAAACGGAGCUGUGAAUAGAUUUUAAAAAGUUACAACAUUUCAAGGCUUGGUGUUUUAGAUGGUGUGUGAUACGUUUGACAGAUUGUAUUGAUAUUUAUUAACAUGUGUGCAAAAAUGUAUCAUAUGUAAAGAAAAAUGAAUCCUAAUUUUUAAAACACAUGGCAGAUAUGUAAAUGCUUAUUCAUGUAGCGAAAAUGCAUAGAGUGUUGGAUGUAUGCUGAAACGGCAAUAAAACCAUGCAGUUAUUUUAAAAAA